CUGUGUAGUCAGCAGCAACCUCGUGGUGUUGUGGAAAUUUGUGUGUGAUAUUCUCCAGGUUAUGUUCGUAACAACUAAAUACCUGAGUUGUUAGUGCUUGUUUUUGGCCUGACCGUUAAAAUCGCUACGUGUAUCUUCGUAAAAGAAACGGCUGAGUGUGUGACGUGCUGUCAGGAACAGUUUGUCUACGAAGUAGUCUCCUCAUAUACUUCGUGGCUAACGAGAAAAGGCGGACAGUGAAAUUCAAAGAUUGUAGAACUGAAGCGAUGAACCAGGAGCCAACUAAGUGGAUAAAAAAAGAUGAAACUGAUGAAGUACAAACUGAGUUACACUUCAUAGGCCGAGAUUAUCCAUGCAGCAUGAAUGUAAAAGAAGAGUUGGAGGAGGGUGUGAAUAAAGAGUUUCUUGAAGACCCAUUAAAGGCUGGCGACCCUAGUGUUUGCGUAAAGCAAGACCCCGAACUGAAACACCAUGCUUCUGGAUCUGAGCAUAAUUCUGUUGAAGAUCCAUUGGGAAUAUCUUUGUCCACUGAUUUUAUCAAGGAGGAUCCUGAAUUAAAUAUAACUGAGAAUACUGUGGAAACCUCAAUAAGAUGUGCAUCUGAUAUUGCAAGAUUUACUCAGACUACUGGUGGGAGGUGCAGCAUAUCAUGUGAAGAACCUUGUCACCAUAGACUGGUCCAGGAUGAGUUGGUGAUAGACAUGGAGAAGUCAACACAUGGGUUCAGUACCAAUACAGAAGAUAUGACUGUUGAUAAGGAAUGCUCAGUUGCCACCCAAUAUGUCUGUAGUACGAGGGAAAAGGAAUUCCAUGUAUAUAGCUGUAAUUUCUGCCAACAGAGCUUUUCUUCAAAAUACAGACUCAUAAUGCAUGUGUUUAUGCACAUUGGUGGAACGCAACCACCUUCGUAUAUUUGUAAGUGGUGUGGUGAGGUAUUUAACAGUAAUGUUGGCUUGAAAAAGCAUAUGAGAAUGAGUGAGAAUUGUCGAGUUUUAACUGCAGACAGUCAUGAAAAAUAUGGACAUAGUGAUGAGCAUCAAACCACUACCUCGUUGGAUAGCGAGGCAGAAGUUUCUGUCACAGAACACAAUGACCAGUCUUCAUGUAAGGAAACUUGGAAAGAUUCAAACAAGCCCUCUAAUGACAUAUGUAACACACAUAUGACAAAUGAUAGAGAGAAAACAAGUAAUUGUGGAACUUUGUCUAUAGCUGUUAAUGUCAGUGCCCAGGCUGAUCUACUUACUGCAAACAGAACUCACAGAUGUGGCAUUUGUGGCAAAUUGUUUGCUAGGGUUGGUGAUCUCAACAGACAUGUUUCCAUUCAUACUGGGAAAAGACUUCACAAAUGUGAUAUUUGUGACAAAUGGUUUGCCCAGUCACGUUAUCUAAAGACUCACACAUUAAUUCACACUGUGAAGAAACCUUACAUGUGCGAGAGUUGUGGGAAAUCUUUUACUAUGUUAGGUGAUCUCGAGAAACACUCAUUAAUUCACACUGGAAAUAAACCUCACAAAUGUGAGAUUUGUGGGAAAUCUUUCGCUGCAUCAAGCUAUCUCAAGAAUCAUGUUUUAAUUCACACUGGAAAGGAACCUCACAAAUGUGAGAUUUGUGGGAUAUCUUUUGCGGUGUCAGGCUCUCUCAAGAAACAAUCAUUAAUUCACACUGGAAAUAAACCUCACAAAUGUGAGAUUUGUGGGAAAUCUUUUACUAAGUUAGAUAAUCUCAAGCAACACUCAUUAAUUCACACUGGAAACAAACCUCACAAAUGUGAGAUUUGUGACAAAUGGUUUGCCCAGUCACGUUAUCUAAAGGCUCACACAUUAAUUCACACUGUGAAGAAACCUUACAUGUGCGAGAGUUGUGGGAAAUCUUUUACUGUGUUAGGUGAUCUCGAGAAACACUCAUUAAUUCACACUGGAAAUAAACCUCACAAAUGUGAGAUUUGUGGGAAAUCUUUUGCUGCGUCAAGCUAUCUCAAGAAUCAAGUUUUAAUUCACACUGGAAAGGAACCUCACAAAUGUGAGAUUUGUGGGAAAUCUUUUGCUGUGUCAGGUUCUCUCAAGAAACAUUUAUUAAUUCACACUGGAAAGAAACCUCACAAAUGUGAGAUUUGUGGGAAAUCUUUUACUAGGUUAGGUGAUCUCAAGCAACAAUCAUUAAUUCACACUGGAAAUAAACCUCACAAAUGUGAGAUUUGUGGGAAAUCUUGUACUAGGUUAGGUGAUCUCAAGCAACACUUAUUAAUUCACACUGGAAAGAAACCUCACAAAUGUGAGAUUUGUGGGAAAUCUUUUGCUGCGUCAGGCUCUCUCAAGAGACAUUCAUUAAUUUACACUGGAAAGAAACCUCACAAAUGUGAGAUUUGUGGGAAAUAUUUUACUAUAUUAGGCAAUCUUAACAAACAUUUAUUAAUUCACACUGGAAAGAAACCUCACAAAUGUGAGAUCUGUGGGGAAUCUUUUGCUACAUCAGGUGAUCUCAAGACACAUGCAUUUCAACACACUGGAAGUGGACCUCACAAAUGUGGUAUCUGUGACAAAAGUUUCACUUACUUGAAUACUCUCAAGACACAUGCAUUACUUCAUGUCAGAAAGAAAAUGUAAGUAUGUGUUAGUUUAUGCAAAUAGGUUUUCGUGGUUGGUGCCCUCAAGGCCUAUAAAAUAAUGUAUGUACCAGGGGACAAUAAAUUGUACUUUCGGCGAAAUAACUUUAAAAUCUGGUAGAAUUGUGAAAAAACUUGUAAUGAUGUGUACUAUAGAGUGCUAACAGAUGUGACAAAAAAUUCAUAUCUGUAGCUUCAGAUGUCAAGAAAUGGUAUUACCAAAUACUCAAGAAACAUGAAUCAAAAGUGUUUUUGUCAUUAGCACUGCUGCUUUUUCCUAUUGAUCUUGCGACAAGAAGAUUGUGAAUUGUGAUAAAUCCUUACAUUUGUCAGUAAUCAUAAGUAGCUUGCAAUAUUCAG